ACCCCGCGAAUUGGGCCAAAAACUGCCCACUAUUAUGCGUUGCAAACCCACGCGCUGCUCCACUCUCCUUUGCCGGUCGAUCAGAGUGUGUGCAGACGGCUGCUCAAAAUCCUUCCCGUCCGUGCUCAGUCUUAAGCUCUCUCCGGCCAGCCACUAAGUUUUGUCUAUAUUAACGCGUAGCCAUAUCUACGUUCUAAAAAAAGUAAAGAACUGGGACGUGAUAUGGCAAUCUCAUUGGAUAGUGUUAGGGACAAGAAUUUGAUGCAGCUGAAGAAGCUCAACACCGCCCUCUUCCCUGUUCGCUACAACGACAAGUACUACACCGAUGCACUCGCUUCCGGGGAAUUCACCAAGCUAGCAUACUACAGUGACAUUUGUGUUGGUGCAAUUGCAUGUCGGCUUGAGAAAAAGGAAGGAGGUGCUGUUUGUGUAUACAUCAUGACAUUGGGUGUUUUGGCUCCUUAUCGUGGAUUAGGUGUGGGUUCAAAGCUGUUGAACCAUGUGCUUGAUCUUUGUGCUAGACAAAAUAUGAGUGAGAUUUACUUGCACGUCCAGACAAAUAACGAUGAUGCCAUCAAAUUUUACCAAAAAUUUGGGUUUGGGAUUACAGAGACCAUCCAAAAUUAUUACACAAACAUUACACCCCCAGAUUGCUACGUUGUGACCAAAUUCAUCGCCCAAACCCAGGCAAAUAAAUAGCUUCAGAUUUUCUAGUCAUAGAGUUUCCAAAACUCGUUCUUGGCUGUUGGCUAUUCUUUUCAUGGGAAUGCAGUUGUUUUUCGUUCUUGACUCUCCUGUAAGAAAACUGUAUUAUGAGGAGUUAGUAUUGUAGAAGAAACACAAUUUUGAUCCAUUCGGCCUGAAUGAUUCAGGUAUGAAGAAUAUGUACUCGCAUGUUUUAUGCAUACUCACGGUUGAAUAUAUUAAUUGACAGAAAUAUUGUAUUUUUAUCUUUAGGAAAAAUUGUCAAAUAAAUCAAUCAAGCCUAUCAGCUUAAAAAUGCUCAAAUCAAACUUUUGCCUGUUAAAGAAUUGGAAAAAUUGACAAAAAUAAUCCCACCUUUUGCCGGUCUUCUCAUAAUAAUCCCACCUUUAGGUAAUCCCAGAAU